AUGGUGAAAAACAUAUUUUAGAAGCAUAUAGAAUAAGUAUUUUCAGAAAGAGAGAAAGUACUACUUUUCUUUUGCCUACUGAUUUCUCAGAGGAGUAUCUCUACUGAAAAGAAAAUUCAGCAUGAAUUGCUAUGUGUCACUACUAUUUCUCUUGGGACUGGCUCCACUAUGUCCCUGUCAUACAGAUAUGACCAACUCCAAAAUGCAUGAGAUGAAACAGCCACUACAAUCUCAUAUGAGAGCAAAGCGCACCUGGGUGUGGCAUAAUUUUUUUGUGCAAGAGGAACUGACAGUAACUGAGCAACCUGUGGGUCGGUUGAGAUCUAAUCUGGAUAAAGGGGAUGCAUCUUUGAUAUAUUUGUUGUCUGGGGAUGGAGCUGGGAGUAUUUUUAUCAUUGACAACAGAACAGGUGAUAUAACUGCCAUAAAAAAGCUUGAUAGAGAGGAGAAAGCCUACUACAAACUGCGAGCCCAGGUGCUAAAUGUUAACACUGGGAAACCUGUGGAACCUGAGUCUGAAUUUGUCAUCAAAGUUCUGGAUAUCAAUGACAAUAAACCACAGUUCCUAGAUGGACCUUAUGAGACCUGCAUACCAGAAAUGUCUCCAGAAGGAACUUCAGUUAUCCAGGUGACAGCUACAGAUAAUGAUGAUCCUUCAUAUGGGAAUAAUGCUAGACUCAUUUACACUCUACUACAGGGACGUCCCUAUUUUACUGUAGAGCCAACAACAGGAAUUCUAAGAAUUUCUUCACAAAUGGACCGAGAAGCUAAAGACCAAUAUUUGGUUGUCGUUCAAGCUACAGACAUGCUUGGUCUUCCAGGAGGACUUUCUGGCACAACAACUGUCACAAUUAAUCUAUCUGAUGUCAAUGAUAACAGGCCUAUAUUCCAACUUGGACUCUAUCAUAUGAAUGUUUCUGAAUCUGCACCAAUUGGAACUUCGAUAGGAAUAAUCAUGGCAGAAGACAGUGAUAUAGGAGAAAAUGCAAAAAUGAAUUACAGUAUUGAAGAUGGUUCACAUAUCUUUGACAUUAUUACCAAUAAUGAGACACAGGAAGGAAUAGUUGUAUUAAAAAAGAAAUUGGAUUAUGAGCAACAGCGACAAUACAGUGUUCGGGCAAAGGUUACCAACAGUUUCAUUGAUGAAUAUUUUCCAAAGGAUGAAAAUUCUGGGCAAACUACUAUUAUUAAAAUCAGAGUGGAAGAUGCUGAUGAACCACCAGUUUUUUCCCAUCUGGAGUAUCUAAUGGAAGUUGCUGAAGAGACUCCCUUUGGUUCAUAUGUGGGCUCUGUAUUUGCUAGAGAUCCAGAUGUAACCAACUCUCCAAUCAGGUAUUCUGUUGUUGGCUGCAGUUUAUUUAGCAUUGAUGACAAUGGCACCAUCAUUAUAACUGAACGCUUGGACCGGGAGAUGGCUGCGUGGUACAACCUAACUAUUACAGCCACUGAAGAAAAUAAUUCACAACAAGUAUCUGAGGCACAGGUCUAUGUACAGGUUUUGAAUGUCAAUGACCAUGCACCUGAAUUCUUCCAGUACUAUGAAACAUAUGUUUGUGAAAAGGCAAAUCCUGGGGAGCUAAUUCAGACCAUCAGUGCUGUUGAUAGGGAUGCUUCUGUAGAAGACCAUCGGUUUUCCUUCAAUCUGUCUACCGAAGCCACAAGCAACUUGAGUUUUACUGUUAGAGAUAAUCAAGAUAACACAGCUGGAAUUCUGACCAGUAGGAGUGGCUUUAGCCGUCAAGAACAGCCUGUCUUCUACCUGCCAAUUUUAAUCUCGGACAACGAAAUCCCAUCACUUACAAGUACAAAUACUCUUACUAUCCAUGCCUGUGAGUGUGAUGAGAAUGGUGGUUCCCAGGCCUGCACAUACGGAGCUCUUACAUUUUCUAUGGGCUUCAGUACAGAGUAUUUAAUUGCUAUUUUGGCCUGUAUACUAAUAAUAUUAGUAUUUAUCUUCAUGAUCCUGGGCCUAAAGCAAGGACAGAAGCAGGCUCUAUUUCCUGAAAAAUGUGAAGAAUUUAGGGAGAAUAUUGUUACAUAUGAUGAUGAAGGAGGUGGAGAAGAAGAUACAGAGGCUUUUGAUAUUGCAGCACUGAGGACCCGCACUGUAAUGAGAACAAAAAAGACUCGAAAGAAUAUCACCACUGAAAUCAGGAGUCUAUAUAGGCAAUCUCUGCAGGUGGGCCCAGACAGUGCUGUGUUUAAGGAAUUCAUUUUGGCCAAGCUUGAAGAAGCCAAUACAGAUCCUUGUGCACCUCCCUUUGAUUCUCUUCAGACUUAUGCUUUUGAGGGAACAGGGUCUCUAGCUGGGUCUCUUAGCUCUCUGGAGUCAAGCAUUUCAGAUCUGGAUCAGAAUUUUGAUUACUUAACUGAAUUAGGACCUCGUUUUAAAAAGUUAGCAAGUAUGUAUUGUUCGAGAGUUCAUACAAAGAAUUAGUUCUCCAGAGGACUUUUUUUUUUUUUUAAUAAAGACACAGUAGGGGAUAUGUGAUACAGUGGUGAAUCAAAUUGAACGUUUUAGUAGACCAUAUGUAAGCAGGUGAACGCUAUGUCUGUCUUGCUUAUCAGGUUCUCUAGCUUUUCUGGCUAUUAUAGAAUCUGUUCCAUUGUUUACUAUGAUCAUCUUCUAAACUGAAUCCUAUUGACCACAAAGAGAUAAAGGUUUUCUUAAGUGCCUAUAUUCUGUAUCUGGUCUAAAGAGUAAUUUGGGUGAAGGAAAGAAUCAUUUUUAAAAAGUUGCCUCUUUUGAAGAUCUAAUGACAUGAUAUAACUUAGAAGAAUAUUUAAACAAAUAAAUGGGUUCUUCCCUGAGAUUAUUUUUCCUCUUCUUGGUCUUCCCUUGUACAUACUCUGCCUAAAUUAAUCUUCAAAUAAUCUCCAAAGUGAGAUGGAAGGAUUAUAUUGAUUAACCAAAGCUAUGGUGUUUAAAAUAUAUGUUAUAUUUACUAAGAUAAAAACCUGAAUAUAAAAAAAGACAAGGGAAUGUUUAUAAGAAGCACUUGUAAGAUAUUUAUUUAUUUUUCCAAUGAUAAAACUAAAAAUGUUUUUUUUUCAUUAUCAAAAUGAAGAUCUAUUAUGCAGUGUCAACAUUUAUUCAUCAUUAAAUGAUAUUUGAAUUUUAUGAAUCUAUUGGGAAAUGUGUUAAAUUCAUAAUUAAUAUUUCACUAAUAUAAAAACAUAGAAAAGAGGAAUAUUUUCAAGCUUGAAUCAAUAUUCAUAUUAAAUAUGAUAAUCAACCACAUUAUCUAUUAUAGUGCAUAAAAUCCAAUACUGUACAAUUGAGGAUAUUUUCCAUUUUAUUAAGAGCUAAGAAGAUGACUGAUUUCUUAGCACAGGUUUUUUUAUUAUAGAAUAUAAAAUUAGGUACAGUAGUCAUUUUAAUAUAACAGUAUUAAGGAACUUUAAAAAGCUAAGUUGCUGGACAUAAAACUUUAUGGUUAACAUUAGAUUAUAAGAUAGUAAAACACUUUAAUUUCAAUCUACCUCUUCAGAUAAAGGUUCUUUAUUACAUCAAAAUCAAGUCAGACUUUAAAAUCCAUUUCUCAUUCUAGUUUUUGGAUGGAGAUUAUUCAAUAAAAUAUGUGCAGAAAUCUUUUCUUUUACUGUUUCUGAAUUUUAAGGGUAGAAAUGGGGUGAAAAGCUGUUAGAUAUAUAAUAAAUGAUUUUUCAUUGGCUAUGACUGAAAUUGGUUUAAGUACAUUUAGUGUUCCCUUGUUUCUGUUCACUAAAGGUAAAACUGCUGUACCUUGCAAUGAACUUGGAACUUGCACCACAUUAAAAGUGGUGUCAUGAUCAUUGUAUUAGAGGGAAUAAUGUCUUCUUUUUCUCAGGUAAAUUAAGCACAGGUAUAGCAAAUGAAGAGCACCUUCUAGAGGACAAGUUAAACAGGAACUAUGCAUAUCAUGUCUUCCCGACGUUUUGCUACUGUGUGUUUGGUAAAAAAGUAAACAUGUGAGUCAUUUGGCAAUUUGUCAUUUGAGAGUGACUUCAUAUUCAUAAUAGCUUAAAAUAAAAAUCAACACUUCAAAAAGGAGGAAGAAAUGUCUGCGUUCCAAUGCCAAAAAAAAAAAAAAAAGUGUACCUAGGGGCAAUUAACAUUUGUUGGUUAUUCUUGAUGUAGGAAUUGGCAAGUAUGACUAACAGAUGAGACAAUACGUACAGAGUGACUAAAAAC